GGACGUUGCCGCUGCCGCGGUCGCAGUCGCAAGGAUAGGAUGAGCACCGGCGGAGGUGCCUGCACCACGGCUGACCCAUAAUUUUUAUCAGGCCGAUGACGCACUCUUAUCAACUGCAUCACUGGGAUUCUCGAAUCGGAUCGACAGUCGGCGGCGAAUAUGGCACGCAUGCAGGUCGCACUGCUCGUCGCGUUCGCGGUAUGCUCCACCACGGCGAUUCUCUCCUCUGGCUCAGGGUGGAACAGGGAACCCACCCUCUGCGAAAACACUGAUUUUUGCGGCUGCGACCCCGACAGGGCGACCAUGAGGUGCUCUUGCCCCAACAAGGGCGAAAAACUGCAUUUGCGCAACGCUACCAUCCCUAUUGAGCUGCAAAAUUUGAUCAUCAGCCACUGCAGCCACGUUCUAAUCUCAAGCAACUCGCUCAAUUCGCUCAACUAUCUAACCAAGGUCGAAAUCUCAGAUGUCGACAACCUGCAGUUGGAGAAGCAAGCACUCUUCUGGGAGCCACACCGCUUGGAGUUUGGAAGAGAUGAGCGAGCAUGGAUUCACGAAACUUUCCCGAUCAAUUCCAGGGGAGCUAAGUUCUACCUGAGCAACAUCUCCCAUGCCGAAUUUCCCGAGUUCUCGUUUGGCGGACACGUGGAGGAAAUUGUCAUGACGAAUGUUAGGAUCUCGCGGAUGGAUUCAUAUGCAGUCGUCAACACAUACACCGUUAUCCAAACUUUUAAGCUGGACCACUGCUCCGUGGACUACAUCGCCUAUAAGGCUGUCCGAAAAAUACUCAUCAACGACCUGAUCAUCUCCAAUAGCAGAAUCGUCAAAAUUGAAAGCAGCGCCUUCAAAGAAGUGCUGGUUCGCAACAGUUUCAUCUUUGACGGCAACAAUGUUGAGAUGUUAGCCAGCUCUGCCUUUGGCCUGAUCGGCCCUGAGAAGGUCGAGGUGAGGAACAACGUCAUCAUGCAGGCGCAUGGAGAAGCGUUCAGCAUCUACUCCAGAGGCACGGUACUCGUCUCCGACAACACUUUCUACAGCAUAAGGGCUGGCGCCCUCCGCGGCUUUAAACCAUACCAGCCACAAUUCUACCCGACAAUCAAACCAACGAACCAUGAGGAAUCUCCAGGUGACUUCCCUCAACUGAUACCCCAGGAUUGGGAGGUAAAAGAGCGAACCCACCAGAUGCAGCUGAGCAACCUCACGCUGAUGGAGUUUGAGCAUGGUGCCCUGAGCGUGGAUAAAGGGUACAGGCUCGCAUACCAGAUGAUCCAGCUUAACAGGGAGUGCGAAUGUAGUGGGAGCGCCUUGCUAGCCGCAGAUCUGAUCGGCCUGCAAACUGGAAUCAAUGGGUUCUCUGUUCUAUCUGCUCAGAAUACAUCUACUCUUCACAAGUCCCUCUGGUGCAAACCACCUAGAAAAAACCAAUUCACAUCCCUAGCCGCCUAUGAGGAGGAAAAGUGCAAGAGCAGUGUCCUCUCUUCCGGCUGGUCCAUCGUGAUCAUCGUCGCAGCGUCGAUUCUCUUUGUCCUUCUGCUCGUUGGCCUGGCUUUCAUCUUUUGGUGCAGUUACAGGCGCAACAAACUGCACAUAGUCAAACCCGAGAAGAAAGUGUACCACCAGACUGAGUUCAAGGUCGUCUACGAGCCCGUGACAGAACUGCAGCCGCAGCAGUUGCCCACUCCAAAAGCAGUCCAGAUUCCCCCCGAAUUAAGACCUUUGAGCGAAGAGACUGAAGUCCCUGAGGUCGCGUCGCGGAGUGGCAACCAACGUCUUGUCACACCGUAUGCGACUUUUCUGCUCAACAGCAGAGAGACUGUUUACGAAAAUGCGGUUCCUGAAGAGGAAGCUCACGUGAUUUACGAGGAGCUGGAGCCGAUUGGCAGAAGAGUCACAUUUGCCAGCAGAACUGAGAGUGCGCAGGAGGAAAGGGAGUUUCUUGAGUCGGACAUUGGCUGAAUGAAAAGAGGCUCUUUCAACGAGUGAUAAGGAAUCAAGUUCGUGGAAAUACUUGAUCAAUUAGUACUUAAUAAGGGAAAACAAACACAUAAAAUAUUAAUAAUUAUGCUUAAUAUGUAUGCAGUAUUAUGAUUGUACCACCAGUAUUUUUUUUUUUCAAAUAAACAGUGUAUAUCAACAGUUCCUAACUUGUAACAAAUAGCUUCUUAGUUAUAAUGUGCCAUAAUAUUACAUUUCAAAACUUGCAGGCUUCAAAUAAACAUUUGUUAGAUUUCUUAGAA